AUGCCGGAAAUUAUAGACGACAAGUCCCAGCACUGCAUCCCCUUUCUACUCGACCGGUUGCGUCUCCAUACCGACCGGCACCGCGGUAAUACCCCGCCAUUCUUCAUCGGUCUGAAUGGGGUGCAAGGGGCCGGCAAGACGGUCCUUGUAUCCGCUCUCAAUGACACCCUGCGAUCAGCACCAUAUUCACUCUCCGUCGUGACACUGUCCCUCGACGACCUCUACUUGACCCACGCCGACCAGGUCGCCUUGGCCCAGGCCCACCCCACCAAUCCGUUGUUGCAGCAUCGGGGGCAGCCUUCUACACAUGAUCUAGCCUUGGGCGAGGAGGUGUUUGCUUCUCUGGCGACGGAAUCACCAACGGCCAUUCCCCAGUAUGAUAAGUCUGCCUUCGCGGGGCAGGGCGAUCGUGUGCCCACCGCGCAAUGGCAAGUCGUCAAUGAAGGGGACAAGAAAGUCAAGGUGGUGAUCUUUGAAGGGUGGUGUGUGGGCUUCCGCGCCUGGGAUGACCACACUCUGCGCGCGAAAUGGGAGGCCGCUGUGCGCCAGAAGGAGUCCGGGGACUAUCACGGACGGUUGGGACAUGUCCAAUUCGAGGAUGUGAAAGCUGUGAACGAUGCCUUGAGACAUUAUGAUGUUUUGACCAACAAGCUAGAUGCUUUAAUUCACAUUGACGCUGAGAACCCGCGCUUUGUUUACGAAUGGCGUCAGGAACAGGAACGCACUCUUCGUGCUGCCAAGGGCACUGGAAUGACCGAAGAACAGGUCAACCACUUUGUGGACGGCUAUUACCCGUCAUAUGAAUUAUUCACCGAAACUCUCCGCGAGGGCGCUUUCAAGCCUGGUGCGCACUCAACAUCGACGUCCGACGCUGAAUGGCAAGGCCGACAGCUUCGUCUUGUGGUCGAUCGCAACCGGAGAGUCCAAGAGGUCAUCCAAAUAUGA